GCCGAGGCUCGGUCAGAACCGGGGGGGAAAGAAGCUGAUGGAUCCAAUAUGGCUGCCCUGAUGGCCCUCAGGAGAGAUAAAAUGAAGUUGGCUAGAGAGUUUGUACGUUCACGUUUGGCCCUCUGGGUGCUGCUGCCUGCGCGAGACUGGAUCUAAGCGUGGCAAACAGGGUCACUCGCAAGAGGAUUUAAGUUCUAGGAGCCAUUCGUGCCCCAAUUCUUGAGGAAGCUGGGUGGGCCAAACUGGGCCUGGCAGUCACGCAAGAUGGCUGCCUUGAAACGGAACCGGAAGCAAGCCUGGCCAGAGGAAGAGGGCGACCGGGAGCACGGCCUCUACAGCUUGCACCGCAUGUUCGACAUCGUGGGCACCCACCUGACCCACAGGGACGUCCGGGUCCUGUCCUUCCUCUUUGUGGACGUGAUCGAUGACUACGAGCGGGGGAUGAUCCGCAGCGGCCGGGACUUUCUGCUGGCUCUGGAGAGGCAGGGCCGCUGUGACGAGACCAACUUCCGCCAGGUGCUGCAGCUGCUGAGGAUCAUCACCCGCCACGACUUGUUGCCCUAUGUCACUUUGAAGAGGAGGAGGGCUGUGUGCCCUGAUCUCGUAGACAAGUACCUCGAAGAGACUUCCAUUCGCUAUGUGACGCCACGCGCGCACACUAGUGCGGAACACGCUCCUGCACACCAACACAAAUCAGUGCCUCCCCACCACCCGCUGGUCUGCUGCUCCUCUUCAGGUCCCCAGAUUUGUACCAAGAGGUCUGGUCGGGGAAGAGCCCUCCUUGGUAGCCAGCGGAAAAGGAGGAAGUCGGUGACGCCAGACCCUAAAGACAAACAGACGUGCGACAUCCGCCUCCGAGUCCGAGCGGAGUAUUGCCAGCACGAGACGGCCCUGGAGGGGAAUGUCUUCUCCAACAAGCAGGACCCUCUCGAGCGGCAGUUUGAGCGCUUUAGCCAGGCCAACACGAUCUUGAAAUCCCGGGACCUGGGCUCGAUCAUCUGUGACAUAAAGUUCUCGGAGCUCACUUACCUCGACGCCUUCUGGCGCGACUACAUUAACGGUUCGCUGCUGGAGGCCCUGAAAGGCGUCUUUAUCACGGACUCGCUCAAGCAAGCGGUGGGCCACGAAGCCAUCAAGCUUCUGGUCAAUGUGGACGAAGAGGAUUACGAGGUGGGCCGCCAGAAACUCCUGAGGAACUUGAUGCUCCAGACGGCUCCUUGAACCCCACCCUUGCCCUUUUUUCUCAACUGCCUCUUCUUUGGAAUGGAAUUGGGAUUUUUUUUUUCCUUAAAAAAGGGGGGGCGGGGAUAUUCUCUUAAGGAGUCAAAUCCUGAGCAACUGUGAGACCUGCCAAUGUGGAAAUGGAUACAGUUGAUUCCCUCCCUCCCUCUGGUUGGGAACCAAAAUGGGAGGCAGGAAAAAUUCCGAGCAUUUGGUCCCGGGCCCUUCUUUACGAGGCCUUUGGAGAGGGCCGUUCCCUACAGCCUAGGAGAGCAUUUCUGGCUGCUUGCUGGAAGCUCCCCAGGUCCGUUGUCCUUCCUUACCACGUUCUCUCUCGUGCUGUCUACUUCUUCUACUACUUAUUUUUGGUUUGUUUGGGGUUUUUUUGUUGGUACCCUCUGUCUCCAGAAAUUAGACGACCCCUUGGCGCACUUAGCUAUUGCCCAGAAAGGUCUGAAGUGAGUAUAGCCUGGCCCAGAAAAUGAGACUUCAGGUCGUCUCUUUAUAUUUUAAAAAAAAAUAAUGAAUUGACCCCAGACGUAGCCGUUCUUGUGAGGGGAGCAUCUUAUGCCAGUGUUUUCUUUCAAAGCUGUGAGUUUAGGGCGGGUUGGGGGGG